AUGUUGACCUCAAUUGGGCUCACAGCUCUCUUGACUCUCCUAGCUGCUGCAUCCCCACUUCGAGUCCGCACUCCGUAUGCUGUGAGGGAAUCUCAUCUACAAGGGAAUUUCAACGAACUCGAGAGGCACCUAUAUCAGGUCUCCAACCCGUCACACGAGCAAUAUGGCCAGCAUCUCAGCACACACGAGGUGAACGCCCUCGUCAAACCUAUGGAUGAAGCAUUAGACUUGGUACACUCGUGGGUCGAAGACAAUGGCAUCAAAACCUCAAACUGCGAGUAUAGCCCCGCCAAAGAUUGGAUCAAGCUCUCACCCCCCAUAAACGCCAUCGAGAAUCUGCUCUCCACAGAAUACUCCGUCUUCCAGUACUCCGAAGGCGGGAACACAAACCCGGCCAUUGCAACAGCCUGCAACGCUGCACUCGUGACACCCCUCUGCCUCCGCGCCUUAUACGGAACAGUGAAGUAUACCGUGCAAUCCACAAACACCAACAAAAUCGCAUUGAACGAUUUCCUUGGCGAGUCUAACAACAGAUCAGACACCAAGAUCUUCCUGCAGAAAUAUCGACCAGAUGCAGUUUCCGGCGUAGAUACAUUCAAAGUGGAGAUCAUAGCCGGCCGAAAAGAUGAGCAGACGCAGGACACCGCUGCUGAGCUAGCAGCAGGGAAGGACACGGAAGGGAACCUUGAUUCCGAAACACUUAUUUCGAUGGCCUACCCGAUCCCUCUCAUUCCUUACCGUACCGGAGGACAUCAGCCUUUUACACCAGAUUUCUUGCCCCAUGUUAUAAGCACGAGUUACGCAGACGACGAGCAAACCGUCCCCCUCUCCUACGCCCUCAGCGUCUGCUCUAGCUUUGCGCAGCUCGGCGCCAGAGGAGUCUCCCUCUUUUCGGGAUCAGGGGACUUCGGCGUUGGGCCACCAGGUGACUGCCUCGCCAACGACGAAUACCAUGCCUCGACCUUCUUGGCCCGGUUUCCCACUUCUUGCCCGUAUAUCACGAGUGUGGGAGCAACAAAAUUCAUACCGGAAAUUGUGGCCACGGAUGGGAAGAACAAGUUUGCUUCUGGCGGUGGCGUUGGGAAACAAAUUUUGGGACUUUAUAAUCCUUCGGGAAGGGCGUAUCCGGAUCUCGCGGCACAGGGGUAUCACUACUCUACGAUUUGGAACGGCACGCUUCUCCCCUUGGAUGGAACGAGUGCGAGCACACCUACUGCUGCUGCGAUCUUUAGUUUGGUGAAUGAUGAUUUGAUUGCAAAGGGGAAGCCUCCGAUGGGGUUCCUGAAUCCGUGGUUGUAUAGUGUAGGGUAUAAAGGGUUUAUGGAUGUCGUUCAUGGGAGUGCUGUUGGUUGUGGCACGCAUGGCUUUCCGGCGAAGAAGGGGCGGGAUGCUGUGACGGGUUUUGGGACGCCGUGGUUCCCUAGUAUUGGGGAGUUGGCUGCGAAUGCGAGUGCUAUUGUUCUCAAGAGAUGA